CCCAUCCAUCCCCUUAUAAAUGAACCACGACUUGUGUUUUCGCUCCCAAUAGAGAACUAUCGAGAGAAACUUUUACAGGCGGCAAAGCUGCAAGAACUUCAGCUACAAACUGUCCAGUUUUAUCAGCAGCUUUUGCACGUGGAAUCUGCUGCAAGGGGCAAAAAGUCAGCGGAAAUGACUCUCAUAGAACGAUCUAUCACUUCGGGGGCUAUACAGUCUCACCUCAAAGACUCGACACAGCCGAUUGGCCAUUUCAUUUAUGGCUGUUGCAAUGCAGUCAGUGAGUGUUUAGAGUCACUGACCUUGGAAUCCUGCCCCGACAAGGCCCCUCAGUUGGUCGAGGAUAUUUUGAAUUUUUGCUGGGAUAGCUUUGAAUUAACCCAAUGUCAUCUCUUGGACGAUGCUACCUUUUUGACAUACCUUCUCAUUGGAAAGAAUAUCUGUGGUGAAUUUGAGCAUCUUCAACUCAAGCUGGUGGACCAGUUCAAAGAACUUCUGGCCUCUUUCAAUGCUAACUGGGAGUUGAGCAGCGGAAAGAGCAUGCAACGUAUAUGGAAUUCAUGGCGCCCUGCCACACCCACUGACCCCAGUCAAUUGGAACAGGGGAUGCAGUUCCGAGAACUUAGGACCAGAUAUGAUCGGGUAGCAUUGAAGUCACGAGUGCCUGUUCAUGAAUUAGGGCGGCUCUAUGACCUAUUUAUUCAUGCCCAAACCUCAAUUUUACGGGGUGCGAAUAGCACAGCCCUACUACCCGAAUUGAACACAACAAUAUCUCGCUUCGAAGCCCAAUCUUCGAAAUCGGAUUCUUAUGACUCUCCUCACUUUGCUACAGAAUUUGAAGCAUUGUGCCAAUAUAAUGAUCUAGCAGAAGACAAGAUCUUGCCUCGUGCUCCACUUCCUGGAUCUAUCAAGCUCCUGGCAGGAAGAGAAUCUCGUCCCACCGACACAUCAGUAAUUGCCAGUGCGGCCCCCGGAUUACUCUCUAAACUUACCCAGUACCUAGGAAGCGAAAAUUCGCACUGUGGCCCAUUGGCGUUGCUUGGGAAUAUUUCAUGUUCUCUGGUCAAGAAAGUUGAAGAUAUCAACCAGGUGCCCCUUGGACAGAUGGAUCUUCUAGGAUCCGAAAUUAGCCUCCUGUUACAGGGGCUAGCUGCAAACACCUGCCAGCUUUCUACUUAUCAGCCUACUAUCCUUAGACAUUGGAUUUUGGAACUUUCGAAGGAGCUCAUACGGUGUCAUGCAGACUUGCUUGGAUCAGACUCCGUGGAUAUAUCUAUGGAAAUCCUGCAGCAGCUUCAGACAGGAGAGACUGAAGAUUUGCAAUCUGGUAUUUUCACAGUCCAAGUUCAUCCGGAGGUAUCAGAUAAUCUGGUCUUCAAACUUCUAGGGAAUGAAAUUUUUAUCCUGUUCCGAAAGCUCUGUACACCGCAAGCUAAUGAGGAGGCUAUCGGUGGACUUGGGGAACUUUUAGUCAGGCUAUCUCUUGUCCUCCUGCAUUGCUAUGUUCCAAACCGACCAUUCGAUCCAUCAUUGCAUCUUGCUGUUGAGCAUAAGCUCCAUUUGCAUAGACAGCAUGAGAUGACUACGAGGUUGGAUUGCCUCCGGACAUGUGAGCAUUUGUUUUCUGGGCAGACAUCAAGCUUACGAAUUCAAGCUGCAAGAGAAGAUCUUGCUCGUCUUGGAUCUGCACCCCCGAAUACUCCAGUGGUCCGCCCUGAGAUCUCGAAACUGAAUGAAGUGCAAGCUCAGUUUAGCAGCAUUCUCACCUCUGUCUUGAAUCAGCCAAUUGAAUAUAUCCUCUCGGCCUCCCAAGCACCCCUUACCGAGUCAAUUUCUAAGGAUGCCUCUUCCCAGGCACCGGGAACAUUGCUCCAACUCAAUAUUCGUCAAAUCGCCCAUCGUCUUUCCGAGAACUGCCCUGGAUAUGAGGACAUGACGAUCUUACCAGUUAGAUUUCUCCAGCUCCUGGAUCAGGGGAUUGAGUUGAUCCGUCACAGUGCUGCGUCUUCCACCCGGUCUUCCCCCCUUAUCCAAUAUAUAUGCGCAACAACCCCUUUCUUAGGGGGAAAAUUACCAGAUCUAUCGCUUGCUUGGCCCUCUCCUGCUAAAGGAUCCCAAGCUACAACAGCAGAGAUAGAUGUUCAGACCUUGCUACUACUAGGCGCCGCUCAAAACAUUGAUAACCAGACUCUAUUUAAGCCUGCCCAGAAAGAAAUUUUACAUGGUAUCCUCGAUCGAGCAUAUUCCUCAUGGAAAGAGAAACUGGAAAACGACCAGUCUCUCGAAGCAGAGAAAUCCAAGUUCUAUCAUUACAGAGGAUCCUUUGAGGACGACAAGGAGUCAGAAUCCGCAGAAGUUCUCCAGAUGUUCCCUACUUAUGAUAACCAAGACGAGCCCAGCAACGAAACUGCAAAUACCGAGCCUCAUGGUGACAAGCUUCGUAUGAAACUAUUCACGGCCUUUAGGGGCCUCUUUGUGUCUGAUAAUAGGGCUUCCCGUCUAAGAAAUGUGAUUAGUGAAGGCCUUCGCUUGUUAGGGUCAAUAUCGCGUAAGUCGGGGGUGACGAUACCACCGGUCGAUCUAAAAUUCCAUCUCGGUCCCAUUUUCUUGCUCAUGGAAGACGUUCAUCGACCAAGCAAAGUUGCCAACUACAACUUUUAUACUGAUGCCAAUAUAGAGGAAGUGAAUAAGUUUGCUUCUCUUGUCCAGAAGGUGCAAGUUCGCUUUUUGCAGCUACAAGAAUCCUGGCCUGAACAUGCAACCCUUGCCGAUGUUGUUGAAUGGUGCUCUAAAAUCUUCAAGUUCCAGCAUAGAGAGCCCCUUGCUAAGUUUAUAACAAUGGCCGAGAAACUUCAUGGACACGUACAUGAAUGGCAAACGGUUGCGAGCAAAGAAUUUUCUGCAGCCGACUGCUACAAUGACUUGACCUCGACGCUGAUUCACUGGAGACGCCUUGAGCUAUCUACCUGGUCCCGUUUGCUCGAUGUGGAAGAUGAGAAAUGCCUAGAGCAAGCGGCAUCUUGGUGGUAUAUGGCAUACGAGGUCAUUGUGGCAGUCCCGCUACAGCUGAUACAAGACAACCAGCCCUUGGACAGUCAUAUAUCAGACCUCCUGUUGACACUGGAGAAAUUCCUACAUGCUACAUCCAUGGGGCAGUUCUCGUCCCGUGUUGAUCUUAUCGACAAGUUCAGGCAACUCCUUAUGCUUUAUCUUCCUGACCUUCCAGGCUUGGGUAAGGUAGUUUCGGCUCUUAAGAAUCUUCUUGACCACUAUGGGCCUUUCAUCUCUUCGGUCCAAAGCUCUCUAAAAGAUGGACGGCAGAAACUGGAAAAGGAAUUAAAGGAACAAGUUCAACUGGCAAGCUGGAAAGAUACGAAUAUCACCGCACUUCGUGAAAGUGCUCGUCGUUCUCACCACAAAUUGUUCAAAAUCAUCGGGAAGUAUCGUACCCUCCUAACACAAUCUUGUGAAGAGCUUCUCGCAAGAGAAAUCCCUGAGACCACUUCAGAUAAUGAGGAUACAGCUGUCUCUCAGUCUCUUCCACUCAAGGCUGUAAAUCCUGCUGCAUUAAGCGUUUACCAGCAAAAUGAAGGGCUAUGGAGCCAGCGACCUGCCCGAUUCCAAGCCCCUGAUUCUACAGCUAAACACAUGCACCAGGUUUAUGAAGGCUCCUUACCAGAGUUCCAAGCUACCACUGAACUUGAAGCCAUCAUGACUGACGUGGUUUCGUCCAUUUCCGACUUUAAAAAGAGAACUCCCAAAACGCUGACGGAAGAGAACAAAGAUGAGGUCCAACAUCUUAAGACUCAAAAACGAAGCUUCUAUGCUGCAAAGCUGAAGGAGCUGCGUCAUAUGGGGCUUCGAUCGAAUCUUGGAACAGACUUACUCGAUAAGCAGAGCUCCGUUAGCCUGGUUCUCGCUACUACUCCCGGAUUCAGCGCCCCUGACCUAGCCCCCUUGUCUGUUACCGCAGACAAGUACUUCCACCGCUUCCUUCACAUAGUCCCAAGCAUCCGUCAAGCUGCACGAAACUACUCUGAAGACUUGAGCAACGUUGAAGCUGGUAGAAGUGCUGGAUUUACAGAAGGAUUUCUUUACCAGAUGAUGAAGCAGAGGGACACACUCUCUCCUGUGUUGGCCUCGGUUAAGUCUCUAGUUAACAAUGUCAAACUGGCCACAGCAAUUACGAGCAGUUCCACAGUGAAUACAAUUUCUAGUGAAAGGUCGUCUAACACUCUGCACACGAUAUAUCAAGCACUUAAAUGGCUGCCGACUAUAAUUGAACUGUCCUUGACGAUUAUCAACAUCCAUCGGAGUCACUCCUCUAUCGACUCCUCAGCAGUCCUGGCAUCCUUGGGCUUAUGGGCGGAAUCUGCGACAUCCUUACAGAACCGCCUCAUCAACCUUCCAGCUCUUCCUGAUGGAUUAUAUUCCAACUUUCAUAAGGAUAUAAUUCUUGACGCCGAACGUUUUAUGGCUAGUAUGAAAUCUGGAAUUCUGGCCCAUAUGAAGUCUCAGCCCGAGAUUGCCUUUGCUCUCAAUCAGCUUCUGUUCUGGGCGGAAUGUGACUCCCGCGGUGCUCUAGAAUGGCAGGCCGAUAAACCGUCUAUUUCCUCCAUCAAGGAUGUGGACUCGUCUCUGCUUGUUGUAAUGGACGCCAUACUUGUUGCAUUACAAAGAGUUCAGAGCGCCCUUUCCAGUGCUCCCAUCUCAGCGGAGGGCCCUACAUGGCUAUCCAAAACCGAUACCUCGUUCUCUAGGUCCCUCUCCGAACUUCACAUUGACGAUAUUUCAUCUAAACUGAAAUCGGUAUUUGAUAUGGUUAGAAAAAUUUCUGAUACUCGUGAGCUUAAUAUUGCCAUCGCUGGGCUCAGUAUCAGCCUGCCAAUAUUAGAGCAAUAUCAAACUAUCUGCCUGGACCUUGUCAAUCGAUAUGCCGCCUUCCACCAUUCAGUGUGCAAAUUGGGAUAUACUCUAGGUAAAUCGUUCAAGCAGAUCGCAUCAGAAGGAUUUUGCAGUCCUUCUGAACCCUCAGACCAGCAAGGCCAGCAAAGUGAUAAAGUGGAGAGCGGUACUGGCCUUGGUGAGGGCGAAGGUGCAGAGGACAUAAGCAAAGAUGUUCAAGACGAUGAAGACCUUUCGGAACUCGCCCAGCAAAAGCAAGAAGAGGCAGAAAAAGAAGAUAUUGAAGGAACAGACGAUGCGGUAAACAUGGACAACGAGGAUUUUGAGGGUCAAGAGGGCGAUUAUUCCAAGGAUAGUGAGGAAGAGGAAAAGGACAAGUCAGAUGCAGAGGAGGGAGAAGAAGAUGACCUGGACGAAGAAGUUGGAAGUGUUGACAACUGGGACCCUUCCGCCGUAGAUGAGAAGAUGUGGGACGGUGCGAAUGAUAAGGAUCAGAAGGAUACUGAGAACAAUGAGAGCAAAGGAGACGAGAAAGCAGAAGACAUGUCUGCCGCUACUGAGCAGCGCAAGGAAGAUGAUCCUGCGAAAAAGGAGGCUGAUGAGGGACAUGAAACUACUGAAAGUGACGAGGAAGCCCCUGAAGAUGAGAAAGAGGGCGCUGGCCGCGAAGAUAUGGAUGUGACUGAUCCGUACGCCCAGGAAAAUGAUGUCCUUGAUUUACCAGAAGACAUGGACCUGGAUGGUGAGAAAAAGGAGGACGAAAGCUCUGAUGCAGACGAUGGUAUGAGCGAGAUCUCCAUGGAAGAGACUGCCAACCAAGAUGACCUUCCAGAGCAUACCAAUGAAGAAAAAAAGGAUACCAAGCCGGAAAGCCCUGACGUUGAUAUGGCAGAGAACCCAGAUGAUAACGCUGAUGAAGACGGCCAGCGGGAGGAAGAGACUGGCGAACCCGACUCCGAACCCCAGCCAGAUGCCGGCGAAGAAGAAGAUAAAGAGAAGAUAAUACCUGUGGAAGAUGAGCAACAAAAGGCCGAUCCUGACAAUACAGCGCCUAGUGAGCAGGUUUCAGCCGGUGUCCAGCAAGAUCAGAGCAAUGAGAAAGGUACAUCUGGAGAUGCAGCCUUCGAUCAGCCGACGGAGAAGAUGGAGGAAGAUGGUGAAGGAGAGGGCAAAGGGGUUGAAGAACAAGGCCAACAGGGGAAGCAAUCGAAUCAGGAAGCCGGUGAUGGAGGCAAUAAUGAGAAACAAGAUCCACAGCUCCAGUCAUUCAAGAAGCUCGGUGAUAUCCUUGAACAAUGGCACAGGUCUCACCGAGAAAUACUGGAGGCUUCUGAGAAAGAUAACGAACAAGUUCAGGAGCAGGAUAUUGCUGAGAAGGAUGUUGACUUUGAACAUCUAGCCGAUGAGCAGGAUACUGCAGAUACCCAGGCCCUCGGUCAGGCAAACGAGGAGCAGUCUCAAGCAAUGAAUCAAUCACAGGCAAUAGAAUCCGACUUUAAGCCCCAGGAUAACGAAUACCUACCGGAUGCACAAGAGGUAGACGACAACAGCAAUAUCAACAACCUCGAGGACCUGAUGGAUGUUGAUGCGCCGCUUGCGUCAAAUGACCAACAACAACCUACUACCUCCAUAACACGCUCUGGUAAUGGUAUAGAAUCUUCUCAGGGGGGAGAAGGUGCAGCAGCAGAGGAGAAAGACGAACUUGACGAUGUUGAUAACCAUCUUUCCGUCAUAAAUAUAUCCUCCGACUUGGCCCCCCUGACGCCUCCCGAUGAAGCCCGUCGGUUAUGGACUCAUUACGAGUCUAUUACGCAUGAGCUUUCCCUGUCCUUAACGGAACAACUACGCCUUAUCCUUGCGCCAACAAUGGCAACCAAACUCAGGGGAGACUUCAGAACAGGCAAACGGCUGAAUAUAAAACGCAUCAUUCCUUAUAUCGCCUCACAGUAUAAGCGUGACAAAAUAUGGAUGCGUCGAUCCGUGCCUUCAAAGCGGAAUUACCAGAUCAUGCUUGCGGUAGACGAUAGCAAGUCUAUGCUUGAAGGUUCGAGUGGUCAGCUUGCAUUCCAAACUCUCGCUUUGGUUGCAAGGAGUUUGAGCAUGCUUGAGACUGGUGAUCUUUGCAUUGUCAGCUUUGGAAACGAGGAACACAUCCGUGUUGCUCAUGACUUUGGAAAGCCGUUCUCCUCAGAAGCCGGGUCGCAGGUAUUCCAGCACUUCAGCUACAAACAAACCGGCACAAAUGUACGGCAGCUUAUUGCCGAUUCUAUUACUCUUUUCCGCGAGGCUAGAGCUAAACGGCCAUCUUCAUCGACUUCGGGUGACCUGUGGCAAUUGGAGCUGAUUAUAUCCGAUGGUGUUUGUGAGGAUCAUGACAGAAUUGCUCGCCUUGUCCGCCAGGCGCAUGAAGAGCGUAUAAUGGUUGUUUUUAUCAUUGUUGAUGCAGUUCAGGAGGAGAGCCGUUCCAUCAUGAACCUCUCCCAGGCAACCUUCGAGCCCAGCGGAUCAGGGCCUGGCGAAGGAAAGUGGAAGAUGAAAAAGUAUCUAGAUGGGUUUCCUUUCCCUUAUUACUUGGUUGUGAGGAAUGUUCAGGAGUUACCGGCUGUUUUGUCAUUGGCGUUGAAGCAAUGGUUUGCAGAGGUGGUGGAAAUAUCUUCAUAA